CAUAUCAGGGAUAUUCGUGACUCCAAAAUACCUGGGACUUGAUUACAACCGGUGCGACCAAAAAUCAAUAUAUUGAUCUAGGCUUGAUCAUGGUAUUCAACGUUUGCCUCAAGACUUGGUACAGACUUCGAUUUGUCGUCAACUAUGGUCGGCGAGAAGAAUGCAAGCUUGGAAUUGUCAAGAUUUCUGGACGUGGAUUUGAUAAACUGUGUUUUUUCCUCCAGCAGAUCUAUGCAGGCCGCCGGAGUACUGGCAGGAAUGUUUUCCAUUUUCAGUCCCUCGAGGGAUUUGUUGGAUGGUGUGGAAAUUGAAAAGUUUAUGGCUGAACCAGUCAGUAAUAUGGACAAGCUAGAGAAGCAUCGUACGAAUAUGCAGGCUAGGAUGGAGCUUCUAAUAAUGAAAAUCCAGGCAGAUUUUUGCCGGGCUUUAGAGACAGAAGAACAGGAUGGAUCUAAGUUCAGAAUCGAUCGUUGGGUAAGAAAAGAAGGAGGUGGAGGUGUAUCGUGUGUCCUGGAAGAUGGGCAGGUCUUUGAAAAAGCUGGAGUUAAUAUUUCAGUAGUCCAUGGAAACCUGCCGACCGAAGCCAUCAAGCAGAUGAGAGCAAGAGGAAAGAAGCUCUCUGAAGGAGGUCCUCUUCCAUUCUUUGCUACUGGAGUCAGCGCCGUUAUUCAUCCGCGAAAUCCUUAUGUUCCAACAAUUCACUUCAACUACCGAUACUUCGAAGUGACAAAUACCGAUGGAUCAGUUGAAUGGUGGUUUGGUGGUGGAACUGACCUCACACCAUACUAUCUAAACGAGUCUGAUGCCGUCCACUUUCACAAAGCGCUCAAGACUGCCUGUGACGUGAGCAACAAGUCAUAUUAUUCAAAGUUUAAGAAAUGGUGUGACGAUUACUUCUUCAUACCUCAUCGUGGCGAGAGGCGAGGUAUCGGCGGAAUAUUUUUCGAUGAUCUCGAUGAGCCAAAUCAGGAGGAUGCUUUUCGGUUUGUGAGCUCAUGCGCGGAAGCUGUAAUUCCAUCGUAUAUACCUCUGGUUCAGAAGCAUAAAAAUGAUGGGUAUGGGUAUGCCGAACGCCAGUGGCAGCUUUUGAGAAGAGGGAGGUAUGUUGAAUUCAACCUGGUAUAUGACAGAGGGACUAAAUUUGGGCUUCUCACUCCUGGUGCUCGAAUAGAGAGCAUACUUAUGUCAUUACCCCUAAGUGCGAAAUGGCAAUACAUGCACAAGCCAGAACAAGGCUCAGAAGAAGAUAAACUUAUGAGCGUUCUGAGAGAACCAAAGGACUGGUUAAAGAUUGAAGCGUAACAGGCAUGGAGAACAGCAAAUGUUUCUCAGC